AUGAAUGGGUUCGACCUUGCCGGUCGUCCCAUCCGUGUCGGUCUCGGAAACGAUAAGUUCACCCCAGAGAGCACUGCCAACUUGUUGCAGAGAUUUUCAGGCCGCGAACAGCCCUUCCAGGGCUCUGCCUUUUCCGGCGCCGGUGGCCGUGGACCCCAGAACUCGACGUUCGACCGCGCGGGCGGCCGCGACAGCGAAAAGUCGGGCGGCGCCAGUGCCCUCGACGACACGGAUGUUGCCGGUGUCAACUUUAACAACUACAGUCGUGAUGCCCUCAUGAGGAAGCUUGCCAGGACUGACGACGCGAGCAACGCCGUAGAUGAGCGCCAGACGCUGAAGCCCAAGUCGGAGACUAAGCCUCUCCCGGUCAACGUGAACAUGGCGAGUCGUUGCGUUGUGCUGCACAACAUGUUUGAUCCCGAAGAGGAAGAGGGUGAGGACUGGGCCAAGGAGCUCGAAGAUGACGUGCGCCAGGAGGCCGAGAGCAAGUACGGCCGCGUCGUUCACAUCUCGGUAGACCCCAACUCCAAGGGCGACAUUUAUCUCAAGUUCGACAAGGUGCAGGGUGGAGAGAAUGCCAUCAAGGGAUUGAACGGCCGUUACUUCGGCGGCAGGAUGAUCGACGCGUCACCUGUUGUAGAUGCGGUCUACAGCAGUUUGUUCUCUCGCACCAGAGCGAUCUAGAAGCUAAUGUUCGCCACUUCAAAAUGCGGCUUUAGGACUCAUCAGUGUUCUAGUGCUCUUCCCCGGUCUAUCUCUCGAUGACGACGACCACUUUCGAACGCCCAAGGGAAUAAACAGCCGCCUUUCGGAACCGGACGUUGGGAGGAAAUUUGUUUUUGUGUUCUAUCUUGUGGCCCGUGGUAUCGGAUGUUCUGGUAUCAGCCUUCGAUCGCGCCCCGUCCCGACUGGCUCCCGCUACCUUACUAUUUAACAGGACUCUUACAUCGACUCGACUCGACGUACAGGAUCUCUUCCAGCCCAGCUCAGAUGCGCAUGUGGCGGUUGUUCUGUGCGCGGCCGCUCUAGGUUUCCGGGCUCGUAAAUCGAAGCGGUCUCUUGGCUGAUUGUGUGUAGCUUAGGUCUUAAAACACUCCGACGCUGCUUUACGGCGUUUGCGGUAAUGUCUUUUUCUUGCUCAAUGAAGGAAACAAAAAUUCUGUC